GAUAAGUUCGACGAAGUGGCAGCACAGACACACAAACCGCUGUUGCUGCAUGGAUGCGGGAGCUGCACGCAUACAGCAGCGAGGAGGCCCUUCCAAUUAUGAAGGUGCACCCCGAGCUUACGCCCGAGUGGACCGCCAAGGCGGGCGCUUCGAAUUGGGAAAGUUGACUUGUUGUGUGAGUCUGCGCCAAGUCGCUACUGGCUAGGCUAGUGAACUUCUUCCCAAUCCCAUCAUCUUGAACUACAUAGCUCCCACAUGUAACACGCUACCCAUUCUAAUGGAACAUGCGCAAAAUUUCACGAACGCAGUCGAGCCACAUGACUGUCGACAGUGGACGAGAAUCAUCAUACAAGUGCGGAAGUUGUUGCGGCGUAAGUUUUGCGACCUUCUAUGGGACUAGAUUGAAUGACAAGACGCUACUGCUUGGAUAUGGUUAAGAGUAAUAUCUUGCGGAAAUACUCGAGGACGUGAAGCUUCUCGAUAAUAGUCUGCCAGUGGCUUAAGAAAUAACAGAGCUAAAGCCUUUGAUGUGAAAUGUGACAACUACUACGGUGCAAGAAUUUUACCAGACAAGAACGAGCUAGAUGCGGAAGCUGGAUUCAAUUUCGUGUCUUAGUUGCGGGCGUGACUGAGUAUUGCCC